CCUAGAAAUGCUUAGACAAUUGUAGGAAAUUAUGUCAUCAGUAUCAAGAGUAUGCUGGGUAUUCUUGACUGCCGGGGACGCCUCCUAACCAAGCAUCCAAACAAGAUCUUUCCAAACUUGUGUCUUUUUCUUAUUCCUGUCAGGCUCUCAGCUAUCCCUCCACUAGUCUGUAUGAAAAUGUUGCUUUUCAGUACCUGGGUUCUGAUGGCUUUCUUCACCCUGCUCUCCUCUUCAGCAGGGGAGGAACUAUUUGAGGUGAGUGUGUGGCCAGAGUGGCCUGUGGUUGAGGCUGGCAAGGCCCUGUGGAUCAACUGUAGCACCAAUUGUACGUAUCCUACUAAAGGAGGCAUUGAGACCCGUAACAUAAAUACGACCAUGCAGCAAGAAGAGGCUCACUGGAAGGUGUUUCAUUUAUCAAAUAUCUCCCAGAAUACCAAGAUUUUUUGUUACUUCAUAUGUUCGAAUAUCCAAAAGCAGAAGUCUGUCAACGUCAUCGUAUACCGGCCACCAUUGCAGGUGACAUUGAGCCUGCAACCUGCUUGGGUGAUUGUAGGUGAGAAUUUCACCUUGACAUGCCAUGUGCCUAAUGUGGUCCCGCUGGAGAACCUCACUGUCACUCUGCUCCAGGGCACAGAAAAACUACACCGCCAGACCUUUGUGACCGUGUCUAAGGCUUUGCAGGAUGCCUGGCUCACUUUCAACGUCACUGCUAGAAGGGAAGAUAGUAGGAGUAACUUCUCUUGCCAUGCAGAACUGGAUCUCAGGCCACAUAGCGAGCAGUUAUUCUCUGCCAGUUCAGAGCCCAAGAUGCUUGAGAUAUUUGGUGCGUCAGGCAAGGCCGUGGAGGAAACUGGUUCUGGAACCUUCCUGGAACUAUCAGAUGCUCGUCAUUAUCAUCAUUACAAUUCUGCUGCUGCUGGUUUUUGUGAUCUCAGUUUGCCUGUGUUUUGCUUAUGGGCAACACUGGCGUCAACACCGAACAGGAGGAUACGGGGUACUUGCUGCCUGGAGAAACUACAGAAUCAGAUGAUCAUUAUCCAGAAUGAUGACAAGGACCAGAGGGUUGGGGAUGCCUUUGUCAUAUAGGUCAUCUAUAACCUCUACAUAAAUUAGAAAUUAGUGAGUGCUGAGAAACAAGUGUGUGUGUGUGUGUGUGUGUGUGUGUGUGUGUGUGUGUGUGUAUGUGAGAAAGACAGAGACAGAAACACAGAAAGAAAGAGACAGAUAGACAGAGAGAGAGAGAAACAGAGAGGAAAGAGAGAAAAACAGAGAAAGAGAGAGAAAAACAGAGAGAGAUGGAGAGAAAGGAGACAGAGACAGACACACAGAGAGAGACAGAAAAAAACAGAUGGAGAAACAGAGAUGGAGAGAGAGAGACACACACACACACAGACAGAGACACAGGGAGUGAGAGAGAUGGAGAGACAGAAAGAGACAGCCAGAGACACAGAGACACACAUACACACACACACAAAGUGUGUGUGUGUGUGUGAGUGAGAGAGAGAGAGAAAGAAAGAGAGAGA